UAUAACAUUGGUAACAUUAGAAUAGACACAGCUAUAUCACGGAAUAAAUAUUCUAUCAGUAGCCAUUUAAAAAUGUCCUUCCAGUACCAUCUGAACAUGAAACGUUCGUUGUAUCGAAUGUUGUUGUCUCAAUGAUUAGUUACACAUUAUUUAGGUAAAAGGUCAAGAUUUGCCAGGGUUUGGCAGAAAGCGCCCUUAAAUUCACACAGAUUCACUGACCUUCGUGGACGUGAGGAGGAAUCAAUAUUAUGUCACUUAUCAGAAGUGUGUUUAUUGUGUCUGCUAAGCGGACCCCGUUUGGCACCUAUGGCGGGGUUCUGAAAGACCACAGUGCAACAGACCUAGCAGAGCAUGCCUCCAAGGCUGCUCUCGCCGCUGGGGGAGUGGCACCCGAGCUUGUCAACAGUGUCAUCUUUGGAAACGUCAUGCAGAGCUCUGCAGAUGCUCCAUACAUCGCCCGUCACGUGGGCCUGAGGUGUGGGGUGCCCAUCCCAGUGCCCGCUCUCACCGUAAACCGCCUGUGUGGAUCUGGCUUUCAGUCCAUCAUCAAUGGAGCUCAGGAAAUCUGUCUGAAGGACUCAGAGGUGGUAUUGUGUGGAGGCUCAGAGAGCAUGAGCCAGGCGCCGUAUGCUGUCCGCAACGUCCGCUUCGGAACGAAGUUCGGACUCGACCUCAAGCUGGAGGACACUCUGUGGGCGGGACUUACUGACCUGCACAUUAAGAUCCCCAUGGGCAUCACAGCAGAGAACCUGGCAGUGAAAUACGAGAUCAGCAGAGACGACUGUGACAAAUACGCACACCAGACACAGCAGAGGUGGAAGGCAGCCCAUGAGGCGGGCCACUACACGGCAGAGAUCGCGCCCAUCGAUGUGAAGGCUAAGAAGGGCAAGGUACCCAUGACCCAGGACGAGCACCCUCGCCCCCAGACCACCCUGGAGCAGAUGGCUAGGCUACCUCCUGUCUUCAAGAAGGAAGGAACAGUCACUGCUGCCAAUGCAUCAGGUGUGUCAGACGGAGCUGCUGCCGUGGUGAUAGCCAGUGAGGAAGCUGUGAAAGAGCACAAGCUCACCCCAUUGGCAAGAAUAGUGGCAUAUCACGUCUCCGGAUGUGACCCAAGCAUUAUGGGAAUCGGCCCAGUUCCAGCCAUCACUGAAGCUCUGAAAAAAGCAGGUCUCACCCUCCAAGACAUGGAUCUGGUGGAGGUGAAUGAGGCGUUUGCUGCUCAGUACCUUGCGGUUUCCAAGGUGUUGGGUCUGGACCCAGAGAAGAGUAAUGCCGAUGGGGGGGCCAUUGCCAUCGGGCACCCCCUGGGAGCCUCAGGAGCACGCAUCACUGCGCACCUGGUCCACAAGCUCAGGUGGAUUGGGGGAAAGUAUGCUGUGGGAUCAGCCUGCAUCGGUGGUGGACAGGGCAUCGCCAUCAUCAUAGAGAACACUCACUGAGGAAGAGACCAAACCAUGCACACUCAGAAGUGUACUACUGUACCAUCCCCACUCAAAGUGUACUUUCAAUACCAUCCACACUUGAAAUACACCACACCCUACAUACCCAAUAGAGUACACGCCAUAUACACACUCGAAUGCGACUUAAGAUUUUUGUCCAAUGUGGAGUUUAAACACCGGAUUGCAUCGACUUGAAAUGUAAGAAUUAUCCACCCCUCAAGAUUUUUGUAUGUUUGAUGCAUACUUUGAAACAUCCCAAGACUCUACCACCUACACUCGAAGAAAUACACAAGAUCUCGUCACUCGUCAAUUACUCCAGAAAAUGAUUGCUGUUUACCUAAACACAGAAACAAGGGUGUUUUGUGUAUUUAGUAACCCAAAUGUCUGUGAUAAACUCCCUCGUAUACUUCAUAUUCCUUUUACCUUUUCUAAAUGUUUAUGUAUGGAAACCAUACUGUCUGUAUCUGCUUAAAGAGGCCUUGUGAAUCUGAAGGGCUAAAUCUUUUUUUUUUGUUGUAAGGGACUGUCUUUGUGUUUGCCUUGAUAACAGUGCUAGCUCAUUGGAUGUACUAUUUACCUCUCGUUGUAGCAUAUUAACAAUUGAGAUGAGAAGUGUGGUUUGAGUUUGGGUGAAGUUGCUUUCUGUGGAAGGAGAGAAGCAUCUCUGCCUCUUCCUUACAGCCUCUCUCUUGCCUUGCAUUUUAAUAUGAAUUAUCACUCCGCAGGGAUCACCAUUGCCCUAGAUAUGUAUGUGUGCUAACAUGGAAACUGCAAAGUUGCAUUUAAGAUUUGUUAGAUUUUUCAAAAUAAAAAAAUGAUCAAUACA